CGGGAGCUGGGUUUGGGUCCAGCCUGGCCAGGUACCUGUCUGUUGCAAGCACUGACAGCUCUCAGGAGGUGGCUCUAAAUCACACUUCUGUUUAGGAAAUUGCUGUAUACAAAUCUACCUCAGCUUUUUGAUAAGCAGAUAUGGCUGUCACGCUGCAUACUGAUGUAGGAGAUAUUAAAAUUGAACUAUUCUGUGAGCGUACACCAAAGACUUGCGAAAAUUUCCUGGCUCUUUGUGCUAGUAACUACUACAAUGGCUGCGUAUUUCACCGGAACAUAAAGGGCUUCAUGGUUCAGACAGGGGAUCCAUUAGGCACUGGGAAAGGAGGUAACAGCAUCUGGGGCAAGAAGUUUGAAGAUGAAUUCAGUGAAUACCUAAAGCACAGUGUCCGUGGGGUAGUUUCAAUGGCAAACAACGGUCCGAAUACCAAUGGAUCUCAGUUCUUCAUCACUUACGGCAAGCAACCGCACCUGGACAUGAAGUACACUGUCUUUGGGAAGGUUAUUGAUGGCUUGGAGACCCUGGAUGAGUUGGAGAAGCUGCCUGUGAAUGAGAAAACCUACCGACCUCUUAAUGAUGUUCGCAUUAAAGAUAUUACAAUUCAUGCCAAUCCUUUUGCUCUGUAGCCGCAGAGUGCCUCGACACAUUCUUUAGAGACUGGUCAGAUUGAUUGUUGGAUUAUGGUGUUUAAAGUGUUAUUAAAAAAAGUUACUUGAGCUGGAUCAUACCUUUGCCCAGGGAAUGCAGGAUUUUCAGGAGUUGUGACAUUGUUUGGGAGUUGUUAAAGGGGAGUCUUGUGCUUUAGAAGCCAGUUUUUCCAGAGUAUGUUCCAGGAUUUUGAAUUUUAAACAUUGCUUUUUAUACUUGUAAAAUAAGAAAAGACUUUU